AUUGCACUAAUUUAAGAUGGUUAUACAAAAAUGAGACAAACAUUGAAUUUCAUCGUUUUCCAAGACAACCUAUUUAUUUGAUGUCAGUGUGAUGUCGUUACUAUCCUCUCAGAAACGACUCACCCCGGUCAAUCUCGGCGAAAGAACGUUGCUCAGUGCGUGUACCGAAUUUAAAAAUGUAUUGAAAAUAAAUGUUAUUUCUCCACGGAAGAAGAAAUGUUAUUCCUCGUUUUACUGGUGUAAUGAAAGCAAGAGGCACCGUGACUGUAUACUUUGGGAGGGAGUUGUCAGGGCAAUAAUCCAUUGGCAUGAAUGUAAAACUAUGCAAUGAACGGGGGCACAAUUGUUAUUUUCUCUUUCAGCUAGAGAGGGUUGCUUAAAAGGGGGGCAGUAUUUCCCACUUUCGCUUCUACAGAGUACACUGUCUGUGUUGUUUUAGUAGCGAGUCAAGCAAGCAAGCGGGCGCGCGCUGUUGAUGGGGUACUUGAGCUGCAGAUUUGCUCAGCACGCUCACAAAACUUGUCUAUCUGCGCGACAACGUGUUUGGCUGAGUGGUGGCUAAUGGCUGCCAUAGAAAGUGAGAAAUACAACAACAAAUGAAUCCUUGAGAGAAGACGAAAACAGCACAGUGAGGAAGAGGAUGGUGAGCAGCCAGCCGAAGUAUGAGCUGAUCCAGGAGGUGGGGCGUGGCAGCUACGGUGUGGUGUACGAGGCGGUGGUGAAACGCACUGGAGCCCGGAUGGCCGUGAAGAAGAUCCGCUGCCAUAGCCCAGAGAAUGUAGAGUUGGCCCUCAGGGAAUUCUGGGCCCUGAGUAGUAUCCAGAGCCAGCACCCCAAUGUCAUCCACCUGGAGGAGUGUGUCCUGCAGAGAGAUGACCUGGCUCAGAGGAUGAGCCACGGUUCCAGCUCCCCACUAUACCUAGAGCUGGUGGAGACUUCUCUGAAGGGAGAGAUAACCUUUGACCCAUGCUGUGCCUACUACCUGUGGUUUGUCAUGGACUUCUGUGACGGAGGAGACAUGAAUGCUUACCUGUUGUCCCGUAAACCCAGCCGCAAGACCAACACCAGCUUCAUGCUGCAGUUAGGAAGCGCCCUGGCCUUCCUCCACCGAAACCAGAUCAUCCACCGGGACCUGAAGCCUGACAACAUCCUCAUCUCCCAGGGAAGGACCUUGGCGGGAACCCCCGAGCCUACCCUGAAGGUUGCCGACUUCGGCCUAUCCAAGGUCUGCUCCACGUCGGGCCUUAACCCUGAGGAACCAGCAUCUGUCAACAAGUGUUUCCUUUCCAUGGCGUGCGGCACAGACUUCUACAUGGCUCCAGAGGUGUGGGAGGGCCACUACACAGCUAAAGCAGACAUCUUUGCCCUGGGCAUCAUCAUAUGGGCCAUGGUGGAGCGCAUCACGUUCGUGGAUGUGGAGACUCAGAAAGAGCUCCUGGGAAGCUACGUGCAGCAGGGGGAGGAGAUCGUGCCCCUAGGGGAGGCGCUUCUGGAGAACCCCAAGAUGGAGCUGUUGAUCCCUGCCAGGAUGAAGAGCAUGAACGCGGGCAUGAAACAGCUUAUCAGGGAGAUGCUGUCGUUCAACCCUCAGGAGAGGCCUGACGCCUUUGAACUGGAGCUCCGACUGGUCAGGAUCGCCUGCAGAGAGCUCGACUGGGACACGUGAAAAUGGGGGUGGAUAGGAGGGGAGAGGACCAUGGGACUUGUAGUCACAACGUCAAGUACAUGUAUCUAGGCCUAAUUCACCACUGUUAGCUCUUGGUGCGGAGGCCACACAUUUUUUUUUUCAAGGGAACAAUUCAAAGUUUGCAAAGAUUUUGGCUUUGCAGUUGGAUAUUGGAUCGGAAGUACUGGUAAACCUAGCUCAACAGGUUGACAGCCAGUCUGUAAAAAUGGUUGUUUUGAAUGUUAACAUGGCAAGGCUGUCCAUAAGCACAUUCAGCUGUCUGUCUUGCAGAAGGAGAUGAGUUGCUAGCUACCCCACUGCUACUGGCUUAGGCUAACCUGUUAGAAGUUGACUCUGUAGUUUGCCUACAAAUGCCACCCCAGACUCUGUGGUAAUAUUCAUACUAAAGUUAUGAUACAGGGAGACUGCAUCCUGUUAUGAUAUGGAUGCAAUUAUACACAAAGGUCCACGCACCUCAGUGAUCGUAAACUGUGCACGGCUGGUUUUACCAGAAUUCUGUGACCACACCCUGCUCUUCCCUUUCAACAGACAUGCUCACGCACACUUCCCACUGCUCAGGUAAAAACAAAGAUAUACUGUUUGUUGGGAUUUGUAGACAAAUGGGUGUUUUUGAAGAGAGCAACAUGACAUCACUGAGGCCUGUGUAUUCUGAGCUGGCCCUGAGCCAACUAUGGGAAUUAUGCUAGUGGGAGCUGACAGUCUUGGUAUGCCAGCCCAGUGCAGACCUAACCUAGCAAUUCCCAGCCCAGUGCAGACCUAACCUAGCAAUUCCCAGCCCAGUGCAGACCUAACCUAGCAAUUCCCAGCCCAGUGCAGACCUAACCUAGCAAUUCCCAGCCCAGUGCAGACCUAACCUAGCAAUUCCCAGCCCAGUGCAGACCUAACCUAGCAAUUCCCAGCCCAGUGCAGACCUAACCUAGCAAUUCCCAGCCCAGUGCAGACCUAACCUAGCAAUUCCCAGCCCAGUGCAGACCUAACCUAGCAAUUCCCAGCCCAGUGCAGACCUAACCUAGCAAUUCCCAGCCCAGUGCAGACAUAACCUAGCAAUUCCCAGCCCAGUGCAGACAUAACCUAGCAAUUCCCAGCCCAGUGCAGACAUAACCUAGCAAUUCCCAGCCCAGUGCAGACAUAACCUAGCAAUUCCCAGCCCAGUGCAGACCUAACCUAGCAAUUCCCAGCCCAGUGCAGACCUAACCUAGCAAUUCCCAGCCCAGUGCAGACCUAACCUAGCAAUUCCCAGCCCAGUGCAGACCUAACCUAGCAAUUCCCAGCCCAGUGCAGACCUAACCUAGCAAUUCCCAGCCCAGUGCAGACCUAACCUAGCAAUUCCCAGCCCAGUGCAGACCUAACCUAGCAAUUCCCAGCCCAGUGCAGACCUAACCUAGCAAUUCCCAGCCCAGUGCAGACCUAACCUAGCAAUUCCCAGCCCAGUGCAGACCUAACCUAGCAAUUCCCAGCCCAGUGCAGACCUAACCUAGCAAUUCCCAGCCCAGUGCAGACCUAACCUAGCAAUUCCCAGCCCAGUGCAGACCUAACCUAGCAAUUCCCAGCCCAGUGCAGACCUAACCUAGCAAUUCCCAGCCAGCCAGUGUCAUGAUUGGCCCGGAAUGAAAAUAAUUUGAGGAAUGGAGUGUUUGGAAUGUAAUUUAAAUUAAGUCACAACUUAAAGGCCAGAGACAACAAGCUGCUUAUUCUAAAUGCAUAAAGGAAUGUGUUCCUGCCCCAAACAACAUCAAUAUAUUUGGCUGAAGAGUCAGUGUUCUGCUUGUAUUAAUAAAAUAUAGAGCUUGAAUUCUCACAAUUGAAGGUCAGUUUAGUUCUGAAUUAAACCUGUGUGAACGGUAUGGUUAGGGGUUCUACUUCAGUGGCAAUCAGUUGACGACAAAUGCACUUUUAUUUUGUUUUCCUUUAACUUACCCUGCUAUCUAUCACCUUGAGAAGGCUGGAUAUGGUGUGACGACACCAAACAGUGUUUACUAGGGGCCUUGGAGGACAUAUUGUCAAACGGCAAACAAAAAGUCUACUUAUGAAUGCAAUGCCUCGCACCUUCAAAGAGGAAGAGAGAGCGAGGGGAGACACCAGCACAGCACUCACACCUCCCUGAGCCCAGAGGCGCAAUAGUUUGACACACAAUACCAUUUGUUUAACCUUAUCUCAUAUAUAUAUAUAAAGAAAAUUUUAAUCUCUCUCACACACACCACAGUUUACCCUGGUUUGUACCGGUAAUCCCUUUCUCCAUGCUUCCUUCCGACAGACCCAUACUAAGACUAUUUAGGCUUUUGGUAUAGUUGACAGAUGUACAGGAAGGCUCAUCUCGGGACCCUGGCCUAUCGCCUUGCAAGUCCAAACUUUCUGCGCUUCUAACAGUUGUGGGAAUGUAUCAAUACCAUCAAAUGUUCCUCAUGAAAAUGUAGUUUGAGUGUCAUUCUAAAACAGUUGCAGAAUUUGUAAAAUGUGUUUUGUACGACCUGGCUGUUGCCUGCAUUACUGCCUUUUUAAAAUGUCUGCCAUUGCCAACAUACACUCGUCUUUCAUGAUGUUAACAUACUUUAUGCUUUAUUUGAAUAUCUCCACACACUAGCACAUAGCACUAUAUUGUUUGAUUUUGUGUCGACCAGGCACAUUUUUGUUCAGAUUUUUGGCUUUGGGUUUCUUAUCUCAGCUAUUUCAUGCCCAUAAUGUUAGCACGGAUUGUGCUUUCAGAUGCAUAUUUUAUUAAAGGGGCAAUCAGUAGUUGCAACAUCCAUUUUUGGACUUAUCAUCAUUCAUUUAUAAGUACCCAUUGAUUCAUAAAGAAUAUAAAUUGAUGCCUAAUGAGUUUAAACUGUUGUACCCCAUCGGAACCUAAACUAUACACUGUGUACAAAACAUUAGGAACACCUUCCUAAUAUUGAGUUGCACCAUCUUUUGCCCUCAUAACAGCCUCAGUUCAUUGUGGCAUGGACUCUACAAGGUGUCAAGCAUUCCACAGGGAUGCUGGCCUUUUUUGACUCAUGCUUCCCACAGUUGUGUCAAGUAGGCUGGAUGUCCUUUGGCUGGUGGACCAUUUUUGAUACAUGGGAAACUGUUGAGCGGUGAAAAACCCAGCAGUGUUGCAGUUCUUGACAUUCUCCAACUGGUGCACCUACUACCAUACGCUGUUCAAAGGCACUUAAAUCUUUUGUCUUGCCCGUUCACUCUCUGAAUGUCACACAAUCCAUAUCUCAAUUGUCUCGUGGCUUAAAAAUCCUUCUUUAACCUGUCUCCUCCCCUUCAGCUACACUGAUUUUGAAGUGGAUUUAACAAGUGACAUCAAUAAGGGAUCGUAGCUUUCACCUGGUCAGCCUGUCAUGGAACGUGCAGGUGCUCCUAAUGUUUUGUGCACUCGGACUAUAUAUGAGCUACUACAGAGGUUAAAGGAGGAGGCUCAUGGACUUGACUGCAUUACUACGCUCUGUUUUCAAGGGCCUUGACAGUGAGUUGUAUAUUAUGUGAUGGGUUUUAUCUUUUUUUCAACAGUUACUUCAGCUUCCAUUAUCUUCUGUCAUUGAUACAGAAGUGUGUUUAUAAUUACAGUUGGAUACUGUAUUGGUGUGGUGGUAAUGUCUUCAUUGGCUGAAAGUUGGUUUGUGUAACAAGAUUGGGUACACGUAACUGGGGUCAACAACUCAAAAACGUCUUUGCUGCUUCUGAUGAGCUUGAUAUGGGGAAAGAGCUUGUUGCCUAAAAUAUAAUCCUACCAGACUCCUCAGAUGUGUCACCUUUGGUGAAUCUGUGUCCCAAAUGGCACCCUAUUGCCUAAGUGCACUACUUUUGACCAAAGACCCUGGUCUAACAGUACUAUAUAUAUUAUGGAAAAGGGUGGAUUUGGGACACACUUAAGUGCCCUAUUCAGAACAGGACCCAUUACAAAGAGAAACCUCAUCAGUUGAAAAUAAACACCAACACCAGUGUACAUUACAACCAGGUGUGUGGGGGGAGGGGCUCAAACUUUUCUAUGAACAGUAUUUCAUUGUAAGAUAUUUUUGAAGAGAUUAAAUGAAAUGUAUCAAUACAUGCUGUAAUAAGUGUCAUUCAUUGUUGAAUUAUAAAUAAAACCAACAAAAAUAAA